AUGGAUUCCAUCUCUUCGUCGCUUGAUGUGGCUUAUGCCAUUAGUGAGGUCUUUCAGUUUGUGGCUAACAUGGAACAACACCGAGAUCUCUUUGACAAUGGGCCCCUCCAAGGGCUCUCGAAUGAGAAGGCCCAGGGGAACAUUGACGACCUCAAGAAGGAUCUGCAGGCCAAGGAGAAGUUUGUAGCCAAUUAG